CAAAGGGUGUGAUGAUGGCAGAAGAAUCAGCAGAGAAAAUCUGCGAAGGUGUGUCUGAGUCUCCAACUACUACCCCAGUUGGAGGAGAGACACCCCCAGAGGGUGACUCCAAGACACGAAGAAUCAAAGCCACGAGACAUCCUCGGUGGACAAGACAAGAAACUCUUGUUCUGAUAGAGUCUAAGAAAAUGGUGGAAAGUGGGGAACAAGUUUGUCGGUUGAGAUCAGGUUCGGGGUUCAUCCAAACCGACCCCAAAUGGGAGAUGGUGUCGUCGUUUUGUCAGCAACGUGGGGUGAAGAGAGGAGCGGUUCAGUGCAGGAAACGGUGGGGCAAUCUCCUCACCGAUUUCAGGAAGAUAAAAAAGUGGGAAUCGGGGGUGAAGGAGGAGAGUGAGUCGUUUUGGAUCAUGAGAAAUGAUGUGAGGAAGGAAAAGAAGCUUCCGGGGUUCUUUGACUCGGUGGUGUACAAUGUGCUGGAUGGAGGGGUGUGCACCACUGUUGCAUUUCCCUUGACACUGGUGAAGAUGGUGCCCAAAGUGGAGAAUGGUUUUGCGGAGGUGGUGGGUCCGGAACAGUGCAAGGAGAAUGAGGAGGAGGAUGAUGAAGCAAUCGUUGAUAGUGAGAAAAUGAGUUGGAGCACCGAAGAGGAGAAUGUGGAGACCAGCGUAGCUGCAAAUAUGGCCAAUGGUGUUUUGAAAGUGCCACCAGGUUUCAAGGAGAAAGGGAUCACUGGGAGUCUCAGAAACACCACGUUACUCUCACUGCCUACUCAAGGCUUUCAGAGGGAACCUGCAUUCAAGCAUGGAUACAAGAGAAAGUUAUCAUCGGACAGUAGUGAGGACAACACAGAUUUCGACAACAGUGUUACGAAAUUGCUUAGGAGAAACAGUGAGAUACUGAAAGCUCAUCUUGGAACUCAGAACAUAAAUUAUGAAUUGGCCAGGAACCAGCAGAAGCAGCAAACUGAUAUCUUAGUUGCAGCCCUUGGCAAGCUCACCGAUGCUCUCACAAAGAUUGCUGAUAAGCUGUAAAUGAAUUCACAUCACAAAGGAUAUGCAUAUUACUGCUAAUUAUUGCACUAGAUUUAAUCAUCAUUAUUGUACCUUCUUUUACCGAUUUGCUUUUUGGGAGAAUUAUU